AUGUUUCACGCUCUCGAGGUUUUGAUUCCUUCAACACCCACAUCUAACACAUCGCAGAAAAUAGCCGCCUUCACUCCACGUCCCCCGAAAGCUCCCUAUGCCGAGACUAAGCCCGCCACACCCCCUGCUGACGCUCCCGCAGCCGCCGAGCCCGCGGCACCAGCAGCAGCGGCAACAGAAACCGCCGCAGCUGAAGCGCCAAGAAUAGCAGAGACCAAGAACAGCGGCAACGGCGGCAUGGACUUCACAGACGAACAAGACCAGCAGCUUCUCAGCCUCAAGGGCGUCGGCCAAUCCUGGAAGUACAUUUCCAUGACACUAGACAAGUCUGUCGGAGACGUCAAGCAUCGGUACCAUCUGAUCAAGCACAGGGAUGUAGCCGGUAAUGCCAAGGAGCCUGUGAAUGAUAAGGCUGCUAAAGCGGCUGAAGCUAAGGCUAAAGGAUUGGCUGCGAAAGCUGCGAAGGAGGAGGAGAGGAAGGCGAAGGCGAGAGCGGGACAGGGGGCUGCCCAUGCCCAAGCUGCUCAGGCUCAGGCCCGGGCACAAGGUACCGCGGCUCAGAAUCAGAUGCCUGGCGCUUCUCCAGGGAACCAAUAUGUCUUGAUGGAGGACGAGUUCUUCAGCUUCUCUGAUCUUCAACUCAUUGCUCGCCUGGUCCAGAAGGAACAAGAACAGCUGUGGCUUCGUGUUGCCUCCAGAUUCUACGAUCAUACUGAGCGGCGCAUCCAUCCCGACGACAUUAGGGACAAGGUCCAAGGCCGACCUUCUCACGAUGUUUGA